GCGGGUUAGCGAAAUUACGUUGAACUCGGGUGUCGAGACUUUGUUCAAAAUUAAAGCGGCCCUUACUCAUUUCAGCUUGCUUCGGUUUGCAACGCAGGAACGCCACGUCAGUUCUGAAGAAAAGUGCCUCACUGAGAUUUAGCAGCUGCUCAAAAGUCAUGCCUGUAACUCGGAGGGCACGGGGUCACCUGGGAGUCCCGAACAAGGAAGUUCACCCGAACAGGGGACACCGGGCCGCUGUGAUUUUGUCGCUGUUGCUCCCCCCCCCAGUCGGGGCUCGGGCUCGCUGCAGCCUGCCGCUGCGGCCGAAGCUCCCCACGGGGCAGCCGGCGCUGCCCGGCGCGGCGGGGGUGCUGCUGCCGCUGCCGCCGCCCACGUGGCAGCCGCGCCGAGGCCAGCGCGGCCGGGGCGGCGCCCGGCACCGGCGGCACCGCAGCGGCGGCGGCAGCAGCAGCGCGGCGCAGGAGGUGCAAUAAAACCAUGAAUUCUCUGCAACGGAGAAUCCAUCACUGCAGGAAUUUGACGGAGGAAAAUAGCUGACCACCUGCUCUGACCAGCCUUGACCCGUCGUUAACGCUGUGGCUGUGCGUUGGGCUGGCAGAGGUAGCGCGAAGGACACGAUGUUCAGCCUGAACGGUACGAGGAGUGAGGGAUAUGUGCAAGAUCUGUUCCAUGAAGAAGCACAGCAGGUGCCUCAAACACAGACGAAGCCUUGGUGGAAGAUCCAGUUGUUUGUGUGGGAGCCAGUGCUUUUUGGGACAUGGGAUGGUGUCUUCACGUCCUGCAUGAUCAACAUUUUUGGAGUUGUUCUUUUUCUGAGGACUGGAUGGCUUGUGGGAAACACUGGAAUUUUAAUGGGCAUGUUUCUGGUGUCCUUUGUCGUCUUGGUUGCCCUGGUAACAGUCUUAUCUGGGAUUGGGGUCUGCGAGCGGUGCAGCAUCGGAAGUGGAGGCGUCUACUCCAUGAUUUCCACUGUCCUUGGAGGUCAAGUAGGGGGGACCAUUGGCCUCCUUUAUAUUUUUGGCCAGUGCGUUGCAGGUGCCAUGUACAUCACCGGGUUCGCCGAGUCCAUCGCCGACGUCGUGGGGCUCAGCAAUAUCUGGGCGGUGAGAGGAAUUUCCCUGGCUGUCCUGCUGGGCCUGCUUGGCAUCAACCUGGCAGGUGUGAAGUGGAUCAUCCGGCUCCAGCUCCUGCUGCUCUUCCUGCUGGCUGUUUCCACGCUGGACUUUGUCAUCGGAUCCUUUACGCACCUCGAUGCAGAGCGUGGUUUUGUCGGCUACUCGGAAGAACUGAUGUUUAACAACACGCUGCCGGACUACAGCCAGGGGGAGUCCUUCUUCACUGUUUUUGGAGUGUUUUUCCCAGCUGCCACAGGUGUGAUGGCUGGGUUCAAUAUGAGUGGAGAUCUCCAGAAGCCUGCUACCAACAUCCCCCUGGGUUCUCUGGCAGCUAUAGGCACCUCAUGGUUUCUGUAUAUGGUCUUUGUCUUUUUGCUGGGAGCUGUUUGUACCCGUCAGUCACUCCGCUAUGACUUUAUGAUAGCAGAGAAGGUGUCCUUGGUGGGUUUCUUGUUUUUGCUGGGGUUGUAUAUCUCAUCCUUAGCCUCCUGCAUGGGAGGGCUCUACGGAGCACCCAGGAUCCUGCAGUGCAUCGCCCAGGAGAACGUCAUUCCUAUGCUCGCCUUCCUUGGACGUGGGAAAGGACCAAACAAGACUCCAGUGGCUGCGAUUUGCUUAACCAGUCUCAUCACGAUGGCUUUUGUCUUCAUUGGACAAGUGAAUGUUCUUGCUCCUAUAGUCACCAUCAACUUCAUGUUGACAUAUAUUGCUGUAGACUAUUCCUAUUUCUCCAUCUCCUUGAGCUACAACAUUCAGCAAAAGCCUGAAAAGAUGCACAUGGAAAAUUCGAGGCCUGCCCACCCUUCCCAGCCUUUAAUUUUGAACAAGUCUUCCGCUUAUAGAUCAGAUGGAAUAAUUCAGAGCAGAUCAAAUGGCACCUUGCUGGAGUUCACAAGAGACAUGGACCAGCUUUUUAAACCAUUUCGUAAUGAGCCUGGUACUUGUGAAAGAAAAGAGGCAGCCGAGAAUUUAACCCAGAAGGUCAAACAGAAGAAGAUAAAGAAGCCAGCCAAACAAACCUUACAAGACAGCUUCCUCUUGGAUCUCGAGCACAGCACUCACCCAGCUCAUUACAGCUGCGGUGAAACGUUGCAGCCCGGCAGAGAAGGUGUGCAGCGCCCCGCUGAGCGGAGCCGCCCGCGUGAAAGGAGUCUGCGUUCACGGCCCACGGCGGGCUCCGAGCUGAAAUGGGACCCGGAGCUAUCGGAGCAAGGCGAGCGGGGCGAGCGGCUCCGUGAUGAGACCCAGGUUGUCCCUGGCCAGAGGGUGGAAGAUUUAUCUGUAAAGCAACAAUAUCCAGAACUGGGAAUUCAGCAAAUACCAGUAUCCUUCUACUCCAGAUUCUGCAAUCACUGGGUUUCCUUUGCUGGUGCAAUUGUGUCUCUUGUAAUAAUGUUUGUCAUUCAGUGGAUCUACACUCUUGUUAGCCUCGGUGCGGCCGUUAUACUGUAUUUUUACAUUGGCCAAGUGAGUCCAGGACUUCCCCUUGGAGCAGCAGCUAAUUUCAGUUUCUUCAGCUGGAUUAAGCUGGUGUUGGUCACCUCAUGCAGGAGAAGGCCGUGUCCUGAGGAGCACAUCGUGGUGACACCGUCCUUUGCAACAGUUGGCAUGGAGACCACGCAGCUCACCGAGGAGAACGCGGACUUCGCCGCCCGCGGCCGCUAUCACCGUUCCUCCGUUAUCAGCAGAGCGGAGUUUGUGAAUCAGUUUUAGUAAAGGAGGAGGCGGGGGGGGGGGGAAGAAAAUCAAGCUGUCACUUCAAAAAGCAUUUCUAAAUGCUAAUCACUGCCACAGUGCCUUGGAAAAUACCUGAAUAUGUGGAAAGGGCGUGAAUGGUUAUUUAUGUUUUCAAGGCUCGUUUGUGGAUUUCUGUUUAGCUUGUUUGUUUAUGCAGACUGCAACAUUUCCAGGUUUCAAGUCUUACCCAAAAGAAGAAAAAAAAAAAAGGCAAAUGAAAGGGCCAGUCCAGUGGAGUGAUGAGUUAUUGAGGACACUCUAAUCCUUUUAAAGAAUUCAAUUAUAAGCGCUAUUGAGCUCUAAAUUCUGUCGCUGCUAUAAAAGCUUACAACACCCAAUUUCAAAUGUCCUCUGGGCGAACACGGCGGCAACGUGCUCCGCGUCGCAGAGCGGCGGCCACGGCGGCAGUGCUGCUGGUCCUGGGCUCCGCCGUGCCGCCGAUGGAUGUGACCUUCUGGGGCAAGUCACUUCUCUCUCGGUGCGAAUUUGCCUGCUCGUAAUACAGUCAUUUUCUACCUCAGCAUUUCACUUACCAAGGUCUUGGAAAGUACUUUAAGGCAUUGGACAAAAGGCUGCAAUCAGUGGCAAGUGCAAGAGUUACGAAAUAUAGUCGCAGCUGGAACCAAACCUGUCCAUUUAAAUGCAGUAAUGCAGCAUAAUGAGCUGCUCUGUACUGUGAAGUGAUAUCUUAGGAGCUUUUCAUAGCCAAUUCCCACAUCCCUUCCGCUAUGAGAGCUGGGAACUGCAAACAUAACUGUUUCUAAAUAGAGCAUCUCUCGGCUAAAAGGACAGAUGAUUCAGAAGUGGUCAACAGAAUACGUUGAGCCUCAUCUUGGCUAAUUCUGCUUAAAGCCCAUCCUGUGCUGAGCUCCCGCAGGGAGCUGUUUCCCCGCCGAGAUGACCUGCAGCACGUGAGCUUGAGCCUGGGGCACUGCUGGGUUUCUCAUCUCGGACCAAGGGAUGGGGGUGAGGCCUCGGGUGGACUGGUCAUGUCGGGGUCACUUCUGCUCGCUCGGGGAAAAUCGCCUCUGUCCACGUUGUCGGGCUGGCCGGGAGCCAGCCACGCUGGGCACCCGCAUGGGUGGGAGCGAAGGAGCAGGGUUCAGGGCACAUGGUAAGCUGGUGUUGAGCCCCAGCACCACAAAUCUGUUCUGACACUUUUUACAUACAUACAUAGACAAAUAUAUGUGUAUACAUAUAAAAGAAGGAGGGAAUCACUGCCUUUUGUUUCCUUUAAUCCCUGAUCAUUUUGGCCUUUACAUUAUUCCUUCCUUGUUAUGUGAAAUAAAAGCCUGAGAAACCAGAAA